AGUAGCACCCUAAAAUUCUUUGUAAAUAACUUCCAUCGACUUCUUUGGUCCACCCUCGCUCCACUGGCUACGACUACAUAUUGUCAUGCGCAUACUUGAGGAAUUGUCAAAAUUUUAGAAUUCGAUCGAAUCACUGCUAACUCUGCUCUUUCUUCGAGCCUCUACGGUCGCCGCCGUUUGAUCGACCGCAAACGCUGCCAUGAGCGACUCGCAAGGGUCUUCUUCUGCUUCCUCUUAUUCGUCUUCAUUUGAGGAUGCUCUCGCAAGGCCGCGGAACGACACUGGGAUUCAUACCGCAGCUGAUGGAAGUCAUUCUCUGGGUUUCACUGCAAGAACCUCACGCCAUUGGAGAGAUGUUUUUUGGUUGGUGAUAUUUCUGUUGCAUCUAAUAGUGGUUGGUUUGGCACUCGGGGUAUUCGGCUUUAAUAGGUUUAGGGAAAAGGAUAGGCUAAAGAUUGAUAGAUAUACAAUGCUAUUUCUUGAAAAUCGUGAGGGUCUAACAGAGGAUUAUUGGCCAUUGUAUGCUGUUGCGGCUGGAGUCGCAACUGCUCUUGGUUGGACUUGGUUGUUGUUACUCGGUUCACUGGGAAACCAGAUGAUGAAAUUCUCAGUGCACAUCUUGACUACAUAUCUUGCAGUUGUCAGUGUGUUGUGUUUCUGGUCAACACAGAUAUUUUGGGGCAUUGCCUUUGCCAUUGGUGCGGCUUUGCAGUUCAUGUAUGUCAUAUCAGUAAUAGACAGAUUUCCAUUUACCAUGCUAGUGUUACAAAAAGCAGUCAAGAUGGUGUGGAGCCUUCCUGAAGUUAUGGGAGUAUCAUGUGCAUUUACACUGGUCAUGAUUUCAUGGUUAGUACUGUGGUCCUUUGGAGUAGCUGGGGUUGUGGCUUUAAGCAUUGGUGAUGGUGGACGUUGGUGGCUACUUGUGGUGAGCUGGUUUUCUGUGUUAGUUUAUUCUGGACCGGCGCAGUUUUUUGCAACAUUGUUCAUGUUAUAGUGUCUGGGAUGGUGUUUUUUGUUAUAUACCAUGGCGGUCAUGCAGAAACAUCAAUGCCUCCUAAACCGCUGUUGAAUUCUCUGAGAUAUGCUAUCACUACUUCUUUUGGCAGUAUCUGCUAUGGAUCACUGUUUACGGCCGCUAUCCGGACAUUGCGUUGGAAGAUUAGAGGAGUAAGGUCAAAGAUUGGUAACAAUGAGUGCUUGCUUUGUUGUGUGGACUUCCUUUUUCAUUUGGUGGAGACGCUAGUCCGAUUCUUCAAUAAGUAUGCUUACGUCCAGAUUGCUGUUUAUGGUAAAAACUUUAACCACUCAGCAAAAGAUGCUUGGGAGCUGUUCCAAUCAACCGGAGUUGAAUCACUUAUUGCAUACGACUGUUCUGGUGCUGUACUACUAAUGGGCACCCUUUUAGGUGGACUGAUUUCUGGAACUUGUGCUGGAGUUUGGACCAGGAUCAAGCAUCCAGACAGAGUUAUGAUGGUCGGUUCCACUUCCAUGUUGAUUGGGAUGAUCUUGGUGGGUUUAGCGAAUGUAGUGGUGGAAAGUGCAGUGACCGCCUUAUAUAUCUGCUUUGCUGAAGACCCUUUACUAGUAAGUAAAUGGGAUUCAGAGUUUUUUGACAAGAUGUCGGAGACCCUUCACCAACGUUUGCAGCAUAGAAGUGCACGUGCAAGGCAAGUCGUACUAACCACUAGGUUCGAUACCCAAAUGCAAGAACCAGUGCAAAUCUGAAUUUUAUGUCUCCACAAAUUGGAAUUGAAAAUAACUGUCUAUAUUUAUAAUUUUAUUUAUUCAUCCAAAGAAUUACAGGUCCUGUUAUAAAGGUGUAAAUUUUUGUGCUUCCAGAGUUCCAGCGUCAUUCUUGUGGUUUUUUUUUAUAUGUCCUAUUUGUAAAGAAUCAAGUAAAGAAUUAAUUCCCCUUUUGAUACUUUCACUUUCAAAACAAAGUUACAAAACAAGGAAAACACUGACUUGAAUGAGAAAUGCCUUACGCUU